AUGUACAGUGGCCAGCGAACGCAGUUGUAUACCAAUGGAAGCAUUGACUUUUACCCUCUAUGGACGAAGGGGGUGUCAGAACAUUCAGCAGAAUCCCAUACCUACAGCACCGCGGCUUUGGAUCUGUUUGAGACCCUCGAAUGUUCCGGACUUCGACAGUUCGUGUUAAGUCCCGACCUGAGGGAGGACACUAAGUUCCUUUACGGAGGCCGUGACGACGUCGCAGAAGGCGCAAGCUACAGGAUCUGUACGAGGCUGAUGGUAGUGAACGGGAGCACCAAGCUCGUUGCUAUCAAGGUUGUCAAAGGCUCGCUCUACAGCUCACAAUUAUCAUCUCAUGGCGCUGCCGCCGCAUCGAGGCUUCAGACAAUCCGCAGAGAUAUUUUGAUCAUGACCAGACCACAAUACAGGAAGCAAGGUGGCCAUCCCCAUGUUCUGUCAUGCCUUGGUUACGGUUGGAAUGCCACCAAAGAGGCGGCAGUAUCUGCAUUUCUGGUAGUGCCAUGGGCACAGCACGGGAAUUUGCGCGACUUCAUACGGGGACUACACGUCUCGUAUGCUACAAAGAAGGAACUUUUCAAACAAGUAUGUCUUGGCCUCAGAUCCUUGCACAUGCAUGACAUCGCACACGGCGACGUCAAGAUGGAAAAUGUGCUUGUCUUCAACCGUCCUCAUCUGGAGACAGAAGAGGGCAUACGAGACUAUGAGGUUGCACGAAAAAAAUACCCUCAAGUGCCGCCAAUCUCAGAGAACGUACACCUACGCCUGUGCGAUUUUGGCUGCUCGGUCUCGACAAACAGCGAUAGUUACAUUGGUACCACGGUCUACAAUGCCCCCGAGGUUCGUAGUGGAGCUGUCAACCACACACUUGCUCAUGGCAAAAUGUCCAGGUUCACCAAAUGCGACAUCUUUUCGUGUGGGCUCCUCCUUGUGGAAAUGCUGUUGGACCGUCGAAGUAUCGCUUCGGAGGACAAAGUGCAGACGAUGGAUCUCGGUGAGAAAUCAGAACUUCCGGCGCUUGACUUUGCCCUAGAUCUUGUACUCCAGAUUUCGGCAGAUUCAAGAUGGAGCGAAAGAGGACGCGUUGUAUUCGGAGAUCUCUUCACCAGCAUUUUCAGUGCAACUUUGAAAUUUCGUCCAGACCAGAGACACUCAGUGGACCACCUGCUAGACCUGAUCGAAAGGGCCACAUGGCGGUUGACUUUCGCUUCGGAUGACGACGAAACGCUGAAGCUCAUCAUAGGCAAUGCCGGCACGCUGAACCUCUACGAUCCCAUGCAUCAAUUAAACCAAAUCGAUCCACUUCCACAACCGGGCGAUGAAGACUUACCUCGUGUUGACUUUGAGAACUUGCCCCUUUCCAUGAUCUCGCAGCUCGUUUCCUCCUGGUAUGAGACGUCUGUCAAUGGGAAAGGCGAAGCCGCUGACCUGGCUGCUGACCGUGUGGUUUUGCUCUGCCUGGAGCGAAGGUGGACAAAAGUGACGGACACGGAUGGAUUUCUCUCAAUCCUCGAGACCUAUGUUCGACAAUGUCGUGGGCACCAUGCCCCACUUCUCUACUACAGAUUAUUGCACUCACUAGGUCGAGCAAGACCAAACAUCGUCGUCAACAAUCCUCAAAGUCAAGAAAUAAUCGACCUCGAGUGUAGUCUCGUGGAUGGAUGUGUUUCAAACGCAGAGUACGAAUAUGAGCGAGUGAGGUCCUACCGAAAUCUCAUUAGAUCGACAACCAAGACUACUCUGCCUGAUGAGCUGGUUGAGCAACAGGUGCGCCUAGCUAUCCCGAAAGAGAACAGUGCGCACCUGCUUUGGAACGUUACAAGCAUUCGCCAUGUAUUCCACAGCCCUGAGGUGUUGAUUUGGCUUGUGCAAGCGGGCGAAGUGUCUAUUCUGCGAGAAGUGCUGCACGCAGACGAGACCGCGCUGAAUUCCAAUAAUGCUUCGUUGGUGCACAGAUUGUUGAUGGAGGCUUGCAGAAUGGGCUAUCUGGAAGUUUUGGAGUGUCUGUCUGAUGCUAACCGCGUUAAUUUUUCGAAAUUCAAGCUCCCAAGCAACAAGAAUCCCUUGCACUUCCUCGCCACGUUCGACCGCGCAGACGUUGACCAGGCAAUUUCCCUUCUGAUGAAGGCGGGAUACAGUUUGAAUGAUGAUGUUGACAAGGACGACGGGAUCCGUUAUACAUUUUUGCCUCACUAUAUGUUCUGGGGAUCACCUCUCUCCGUUGCUGUGAUGCAUAACCGCACCGACAUUGUGCGCGCAUUACUCGAUCAGGGGUCAGAGGUCAGGUCCAUGGGCAGGCAUCACAGCUCCCCUCUCAACAUUGCGGCCCGCUGCAAUAGACCUGAGAUGGUGCGUCUUCUCUGUGAAAGGCUCCCCGACAAGAAAAAUAUUACUAUGUCCCCAUUGCGGACCCUUGCACUUGGGAAUCCGUAUGGCCAGGAGCUCGUGAGUGGGACAGAAAAAGUCAAGAUGUUAGGAGAAACCGUAGAACUGCUCAUAAAGUACGGCUUCGAUAUAAAUGAGCAAGCAGAGGCUAUUCCCGCGGCUGGCUACCAUGCGGAAAUCAACAUCUUCGAGCGUGCGCUGCGCGAUUGCGACUUCACGGUUGACUUUUGCGUGCUUGAUGUGUUGCUUGACUGUGGGUUCAAGUGCGAAGUACCCGCACCCUCGCUACCAGAACAUCUCGAGCGACACCACGAAGGAAUUCAAGUCCGGCUAAUAGCCUACCUCAUCGAGCGAGGGCUGGUGUCUGCGCAGAGUGACUUGCGUGGCCUUUGCUACACUUUGGUGUAUCGAGGGAUGGCAGGGACGCUCGACGUCGUGUUGAGAGGGCUGCCCGAAUGCAAAUCUUUCUUAGGCGGGGAAACCUUUCUAGACGGACAUGUGUCACCGCUCCAGUUUGCCGUCAGUAUGCGCGCUGAAGCAGACAUGAUGACUGUCCUGCUCGAUCACGGCGCCUCAGUCAAUGGCACUGUGGAAUUUACUGGAUCCAGUGGAUUGCGGCACUCCAUGACAUACUUCGAGGUUGUCGUAAGUAGUGGCCAGCCGGAUGUCAUCGAUCUCUUCAUCGACCGUGGUGUCGAGAUCACGCCGAACAUGCUCAUGUCUUUUGCCGCCGACCGCCACCUACGCGUCAACGAAAAUCACAUCCUCCACCAUCUGCUGCGCAUAGAAGACGAGAACUCGGAUAGCGAACGGGUCCGUCAUUUGCAUGUAGUCAUGCUCCUUGGGCAGACGGUCACUGACGAUGAAGACGGCGAGAUUGUUUACGAAGCUCUCCUGAAUAUCGCCGUCACGCGGUUCAAUCUGGAUGCGAUUCUCAGCCUUCUUUCGAUCCGUGUACCUAUCCAGGAUUGGCUAUACCAGAAGCUGAUAAUUAUACUCGUGACGCAUGCCAUCGUUGCCGGCUGCUUGGCCAAAGACGCUCAAGACAAAUACAUCAAGGAAAAGGGAUUCGAAAGCCUGCGCCAGUUUCUCAUCGCCAUAUGGAAGCUCCUGGUCCACUGGGCUCUUCAACAAGAGGAGUCAUCAUCAUCAUCAGAGGACAGUCUGGGCUUUUCCUACCUGCACUGGGCUGCGAUCAUGUCCGAUCCAGAGAUCACGCACGAAUUGAUCGCCGGUGGGGCCGAUGUGUUUGCCCAAGGCUGUGGGGGACACGUUGCGCUGGACGUGGUGUCCCUGGUAUCUUUUCGUAACGACGACGAUGGUGGCGACGACGACGGACUGGACGCCUUUACUCGGGUUUAUAAACUUCUGUUCGGCGAGCAUCUCAAUCAACUUCAAGUGGCUCCGCCCAGAGACGCAAAUGGCGUGGUACAGCUGGACCAACAGACGAUGAAAGAAUUCGUCAGGAAGUCUCAUUCGGGCGCACUUGAAUUCCUGCUUCGGAGGCUGCUGACGUGCGAAGCAUUGAAUGACAGGAUGCUGUGCGAGCGGGCACGGACGUUACAGCCAAAGGAAGACCAGGACGACUUUUGGCUCUACCUGGCGAAUUUCUGGCUUCUUCAGGAUGCACGUGAAGAGCUUGUAUACUCCAAAGCGUGGCUGGAAACGGUAUCGUGGAAGGACGGUAUAAUGUGA